AGUGACACACACAUUUGCGAUGGUCAGUUACGGAGUUGGAGACCCAAAACGCUUUCUACAAAACUCUCUCCUCUUCCUCGUCUCCUCUCGCCAAUUCAAUUUUAGGGUUUCCGCAGGAGAAACCAAUCUCUCCACAAAACCCUAAGCAUCGUCACCUUACAAGUAUCACUCCCAAUCGUUUUCUCAAUUCAGGAGAUAAAUCUGGAGAAACCUAUGCCGUCGACGUCGGUGGCCAACGGCAGUGUCAACGGAAACGCAGGAGAGAGACCGGAUGUUGUUGUGGCGGAUGAUAAGGCGGGAGUGUCGAUGAUGGAGCAGUUGGUUCCGGAGAUCACAACUCACGCCCUCAGUUACUUGGAUUAUCCAAGUCUUUGCCGCUUGUCCAUGACCAAUUCCUUGAUGAGGAAGGCUGCUAAUGACGAUAAUGCUUGGAAGGCCCUCUAUCACAAGGAUUUUACUCUGGAACAAGAUGCUAUAACCCCUGUCAACGGGUGGAAAGCUUACUAUGCAACAACUAGAGCAAUCAUUAGUGUGAAUACUGGAUUCUUCAACAUCAUCAGAGAGAGGUCUCUUCAAGAUAUGGCUCAGUUGUGGCUCAACUCCGACUAUGUCAAGUGCAUCCAUGCCUCUGGCGAACUUUUCUCUGGGUACGCUGAAGUGAUGCAAAGCUGGCAACUUUGUUUCAACUGGGAACAAGGGUUUGACUUUCAGGUCCACAACGUUCGCACUCGGAUACUAACCGACAUGGCCUGGGUUACAAUGAAAGCAUACCUGAACGUGGACGCUGGUCCCUUCCUCAUCACCAACGUCUUUGAGUACCACAAUGGGAGGUGGCACAUGGUUCAUCAUCACAGCUCUGUGAUGCUCAUCGAUGGCGUCAAUCAACAGGUUGUUGUUCAUUGAUCUAUGAUAUCUCUAGUUUUGUUUUCCCCUUCUUCUUUUCCUUUUUUUUAAGGAAUGGGACCCAAAAAAAAUGUGAAGGGAGAAGGAAACCUGCGUAUUUGGAAAUUGGCAUAUUAGAUUAAUUAGUGCUAUUAUUUAGUUUUAAUGACAUGUACUGAAUGUUUAUUUUAAAUGGUUUGGUCUAAUUGUUCUCCUAA